AUGACAACAAAAGAGAUAUUAGAUAAACAACAAAUAUAUAACAGAGAUGAACUUAAGAAAUUGAAAAGAGAUGAAUUGGUUAGUUUAAUGGUUAAAUAUUCAUUAAAACAUAAUAAAUUAAAGAAAGAUGUUCUAAUCGAUUCAAUAUUGGAAUAUCAAGAACAUAUCAAUGAUAUCAAAUCAACAUUAGUUACAGACAAUUCAAUCGAACAAUAUCAUCGUGGAACUGUUGAAUAUCGAUUGCCAACACUGAUCAUCUAUCGAAUCAUUCGUGAUCUUUGGCAUGAAGAUAUCGAUUUUUGGUUGGACUUUGAUCAUCUACGUAACAAGUACCGAUGGCUUCUCUCGAUCAGUCUGGUUUCCAGAGAGUUCUUCAAGCUAAUAUCAUCGUUAUUCAGUCGUAUCAAAUAUUUCCAUCAAAAAUCCAAGAAGCAACCUAUAUCUCUUCUUGCACAACAGUUUAAGAAAAGUGUUUUGAAUCCACAUUCAGUACUCAAGAAUAUCAGUGAUCUCACGUUAUCAUCUGAAAUCUUCAAUGAAAUCAUCAAGAAAUCCUCUUCGAUUGAAUUGGGACUGAUCUUCAACAAUGUCAGACAUCUUUGUUUAGUGGCUAACAGUGGCGAAUUCAAAUUUGGUACUCUCACAACACAACAAUAUAAAUCGAUCGUCCAAUACAUGCCGAAUAUCGAAUCAUUGACACUCAACCAAAUAUCGAUUACCAACCUCGAACGUUCAUUCAUACAAGAGUAUACUGUGCGACCAGCAUCAGAUCACCACAUUUGGCAUUGGAAAAAUCAAUUUGCAACAAAUUCAGAUGUUCAGUGGACACUUUAUGAAUUUCACCAAACUUGUUAUCCAAAAUAUUACUAA